AGCUUAGCAGACGUUUCUUUGCUUCCUUCUUCUUGUGAAUUUUUGCGGCUCUUGGCAAACGUUUAGCUACAUAACCGCCAUCUUCUGGACUGGCGUGUAGGCUGGGAAUUGUGUAUUAUCUCGCUACAUAUUAACUGUGAUUGGUAUUUAUAUUUUAUACACAGUGUUGAUAUUCUUUGGCAAUUUAAAUAUUAAUUUAAAACAAUACUUGUCACAAAUAUUCGACUAUUUUUAAAUGAAAUGGAAAGACCCAUGUCCAUACACAGUUAGCUAGUACAACAGCGCCACGAAGCGGCAGUCUCGAGACAUUUUAAUAUUCGGCCCGUUGGUGUGGCUUUUAUUUUGAAACAGCAACAGCAAGUACGGGAAGGCGGAGGGGAAAAUCUGCUGGAAUCCGCGGAAAUCAUCAACAAGACUAUUUUCCUUAACUUAGCUAGCUAUCCAUCUCUCAAAUUCUAUUUCUCUCUCCCUCCCCUUUUACUGUCUAACCGCCACACUGGCGAUGUCGGAGUCUUACGAUUUCCUGUUUAAAUUCCUGGUGAUUGGGAAUGCUGGAACUGGCAAAUCCUGUCUGCUGCACCAGUUCAUAGAGAAGAGAUUUAAGGAUGAAUCCAACCACACAAUUGGAGUGGAAUUUGGCUCUAAGAUCAUCAGUGUGGUCAACAAAAUGGUCAAACUGCAGAUUUGGGACACUGCAGGACAAGAAAGGUUCAGGUCUGUGACCAGAAGUUACUACAGAGGAGCAGCAGGAGCCCUACUGGUCUAUGAUAUCACCAGUCGAGAGACAUACAACGCUCUGACCACAUGGUUGAGCGAUGCCAGGAUGCUGGCCAGUCAGAACAUCGUCAUCAUCCUGUGUGGAAACAAGAAGGACCUGGACACUGACCGAGAGGUCACGUUCCUGGAGGCUUCGCGUUUUGCUCAGGAGAACGAGCUGAUGUUCCUGGAGACCAGCGCUCUAACAGGGGAGAACGUUGAAGAGGCCUUUGUCCAGUGCGCUCGGAAAAUCCUCAACAAGAUAGAGUCAGGGGAGCUGGAUCCAGAGAGGAUGGGCUCAGGAAUCCAGUAUGGUGACGCUGCGUUACGACAGCUCCGUUCUCCUCGUCGUGCUCAGCCGCAGGGCACCCAGGAGUGUGGCUGCUAGUGGACGUGCCCUGUAACAUACACAGACAAGUGUGGUUCAGACAGGUUUGUGAAGACCAGGAGAAGGACAGCCACGGGGGACCCAGAAAGCGCUGGGUUAAGGUUGCGGUGCUGGUGACUCCUCCCCGACCCUUGAUCUUUGCCCUUCACACGAAACUUGAGAACCUUCAGAACCUUUGUUGUCAUGGUUGCACCUGCAGAGAGCCACGCCCCCUCUCAGACUUCUAAGCAUCUCCAAGGUAACCAGAGACCGCCCACCUUCAACAACCUGCUCCACUAUUGGACCAAACCCUCCCAGCCCUCCUCCAAUCGGGACGUGAAUUACUGAGAUUUAACCUCUCUCUCUCUCUCUUUACCUUUCUGUCACAUCUUCUUACCUCCCAGCUUACUACAAUCAUGUCUUUCUACCACAUCCCAGCUACACCACUUAAAAGCAUUGUCUACACUUGGUAAAAUUUGUGUUUUGAAAUAAACAAACAACAUAUAACAUGUUAAUUAGUUAGCUUUCAAGGUGUUGGCAGGUGGAUUUUAAAAUUUGGAGCUAGCCUUUUCCCCCUACCUCCAGUCUUUAUGUUAAGCUAAGCCAAUCACCACCUGGCUCCAGCUUGAUACUUACCGCACAGACAUGAAGUAUCGCUCAAAAAAACACAUUUCCCAAAUUGUUGAACUGUUCCUUUAACCACAUAACCAACUGUUCCUUUAACCUUUCCCUACUAAAGUACUUGUCUUUCUCCAUCCACCUGCUCUGCCCUUGCCCAUCAACUUCCUGCUCAACUGUUUUAAACACACCACUAACAGUCUACUGAUGACUCGCACAUUUCACUCCCUUCUUAUGUACUUUCUUUCCUAGUAAAGUUCCCCCUAGCGAUGCAGUGGCCAAAUUACACUUCAUCAGCUUACCUACCCUCAUUCCCUCUAUCCCUAGCUUUUUCUUGCAUUUUUUAAUUUUUAUUUUUCAGUCUUUCUGUUACCUUCCUACACAUCUGCUUGCCUGUCUGCCUACCUUUCUCUUCACACAGCUCUCUGCCUUUCUACAUCUCUCCUCCUGUACCCCUGCAGCAUCUUACACACUGUGUAGUGUUUCUGUAUAUAGAGAUUGAAGCAUGUUUUCUCAAACAGAAUAUCAGAGUAUUUCAUUAUGAAGAGAUAUUAUAUGUAUAUUAAAGUAGAUAUCAUAUCCAGCAUCGGGUUCAUGCACCACUGUAUUAUUAUCAUGUUAAGCUACAAUACACUGGCAACUUGUAAGCAGUAUAUAUGGGCAGUACUGUUUACAACGAUUAUAUUCAUUUGUAAAUGGGACAAGUUAAUGUGGAUCACAUUAUGGACUAACACAUUUCUGUGGAAAAAUGCUGUUUUUCUUUGUUCAAGCUCAUAGAUUUACAAAAAAAAAAAAAAAA